AUGUCGCUGGAAGAUCAUCAUUCUACAUCCACUGCGGAUGCAAACGUGAACGAAAUUGAAGCUAAAUACGACCAAGAACAACCAUUGGAUAAUGAAGAACACCUAAAACACAGUGCUAAUGAAUUGAAUCAAAAACCACUCAGAGCAUACGCUGGUGUGAUUAUUAUGUGUUUCCUUAUUGCUUUUGGUGGUUUCGUUUUCGGUUUCGAUACCGGUACAAUUUCCGGGUUCAUCAAUAUGACUGAUUUCAAGAGAAGGUUUGGUCAACAACACGCUGAUGGUACUUACUAUUUCUCCAAUGUUAGAACCGGUUUGAUUGUGGCUAUGUUCAACGCAGGUUGUGCUAUUGGUGCUUUGUUUUUGUCAAAGGUUGGUGAUAUCUUUGGUCGUAGACUUGGUAUUGCGGGAACAAUGAUCAUUUACGUUGUUGGUAUCAUUGUACAAAUCUCGUCUUCCGACAAAUGGUACCAAGUUAUGAUUGGAAGAAUUUUCACUGGUCUUGCUGUUGGAUGUUUGUCAGUCUUGUGUCCACUUUUCAUUUCUGAAGUUUCCCCAAAGCAUUUGAGAGGUACAUUGGUUUGUUGCUUCCAAUUGAUGAUUACCUUGGGUAUCUUUUUGGGAUACUGUACUGACUACGGUACCAAACAAAGCUACUCCGACUCCAGACAAUGGAGAAUCCCAUUGGGUUUGUGUUUUGCUUGGGCCUUGUUGAUGGUUGGAGGUAUGGUUCGUUUACCUGAAUCUCCUCGUUACCUCAUUGGUAAGGACAGAAUCGAUGAUGCAAAACAUGCAUUGGCUAAAGUCAACAAAGUUUCACCAGAAGAUCCAGCUUUGUAUGCUGAGUUGCAAUUGCUUCAAGCUGGUGUUGAAAGGGAAAGAUUGGCUGGUAGUGCCGGAUGGAUGACAUUGAUCAAAGGUAAGCCAAGAAUUCUUGAAAGAGUCUUUGUUGGUCUUAUGUUGCAAUGUUUACAACAAUUGACUGGUGACAACUACUUCUUCUAUUACAGCACCACCAUUUUCCAAGCUGUUGGUUUGAACGAUUCGUUUGAAACAUCUAUUGUCAUUGGUGUUAUCAACUUUGCAUCUACCUUCUUGGGUAUCUAUUUGAUUGAAAAAUUGGGAAGAAGACAAUGUUUGUUGUACGGUUCGGUUGCCAUGUCAAUCUGUUUCUUGAUUUACUCAUUGAUCGGAACUCAACACUUGUACUAUCAUGGAAGCAGUGGUGCCACCAGACACCCAGAUGGUGAUGCGAUGAUUUUCAUCACCUCGCUUUACGUUUUCGUCUUUGCUUCCACCUGGGCAGGGGGUGUUUACUCCAUUGUCUCAGAAUUGUACCCAUUGCAGGUCAGAUCCAAAGCUAUUGGUGUUGCUAGUGCCGGUAACUGGAUUUUUGGUUUCCUUAUCUCAUUCUUCACUUCAUUCAUCACCAGUGCUAUCCACUUUUACUACGGUUUUGUUUUCUUUGGAUGUUUGCUUUUCUCAAUCUUUUUCGUCUAUUUCAUGGUUUAUGAAACAAAGGGACUCACUUUGGAGGAAGUUGACGAGUUAUACGCUGCUAAAGUUGUUCCUUGGAAGUCAAGCAAUUGGACACCACCACCAGAAGAAGAAAUGGCUCAUUCUACCGGUUAUGCUGCUUAUGCCAAGCCUCAAGAAGAGCAUGUCCAAGAAGCUGUAUAA